AUGGGCCAGCUGUGCAAAGUAGGUGACAGUUCAUCACGUGUAUGCUAUCUCGGAGGCAUCUGUUGGACAGCAAAAGCUCUCAGAUGUGAACUUUCAACGUGCUGUUUAACACAGACUCAGUUUGAAGAAAGGCAUUUUAAAUCCUUAUGGUGGGGAAAGCACGACUUUUUGCUCAAAUGUGCAAGCUCAGCAGCUGCCCUGGAGAGAAGUAGAGAGGCGCCAUGGCAGAGCUGCCGACCUGCAGGAGGCCCUCCGAGGCUUGGUCUCGCGCCCCCAGAUAGACCUAUCGCCUCUGAAGAACCGGAGAGCCCUACAGUUGGUGAGAUGAUGGAUGAGUCCGAUGAUGAUUUUAAGGAACUCUGUUCCACCUUUCUCCAGAGGGUGAAAAAGAAUGGCACCAAGGAGGUGUCGGGUGAAAGGAAGACACAAAAGGCCUCAAUCAGCACUGCGAUAAGCAAAGUGAAAAGGACCAAACCGCCUGCUACCGAGAGCCAAGCCCUUCAAGGCCCCAGGGAGAAGAAAACUCCUUCUGGCAGCCAGGCCCCAAGGACUAAAAGGCAAGGGGCACCCAAGUUGAAGAAGAACAAACCAGCUCCCCCUGAGAAUGGAGAGGGAAGUGUGCCUGCCUCUGUGGUGCUCCAGGACGGCGUGCGGAACCCCCUGACAGAGGCCACUCAGGACAGCGACUCCCGGCCCCCUCCUCCCCAUCUGACAGCAGUGGGGCCCAGUCCCUCCAAACCCCGUGCGGCAGCGCUGGUCCUGCAGCGAAUGCAGCAGUUCAAGAGAGCAGACCCCGAGCGCCUGCAGCACGCUUCCAAACCAUGCUCCCUGGAGUCUGCAGUUGAAGAAAACCUCCCGAAGGAUCCUGGAGAGGAGAUGUCGGCAGUGGAUGGGUGGGGGCCCAGGCUCCCUGCCACAGAGAGCGACGCGGCGGUGGCCUUGGCCCUGCAGCAGGAGUUUGGGCAGGAAAAAGCGUCCUCACAUGAGAACCUGGAGGAGACGGGGUUGUUCUUCUGCCAGAUCUGCCAAAAGAACCUCUCAGCCAUGAACGUGACACGGAGGGAGCAGCAUGUGAACCGGUGCUUGGAUGAGGCUGAAAAGGCACUGACACUCUCCACACCUCGGAUCCCCGAAUGCCCGAUUUGUGGGAAGCUGUUUCUCACCCCAAAGAGCAGAAUCAGCCACCUGAAACAGUGUGCGGUGAAGAUGGACGUCCGUCCCCAGCUCCUGCUCCAGGCCGUGCGGCUGCAGACGGCCCCGCCGGAGGGGGCCUGCGGCACACCGGCAUCGAGCUUCAGCAGUCACGUUGGAGAUCUGAAGCGGAGGGGAGCCACCAACCAGAAGGAGGUGCAGAGGAAGCAGAGGGUCACCAAGCCCGAGGCACCAUCUGAGGACUUGCUGGUGGCCAUGGCCCUGUCCCGGUCCGAGAUGGAGCAGGAGGCCGUGCCGGCGGCACUCAGACUGGGAAGCGCCUUUUCUGAGAGGAUUAGACUGGGAGCAGAAAAGAAGAGCCGCAAGAGGAAGGCACCUGUUUCCCCUCCCCUGUUGUUAGUCCAGGACCCGGAGACCACGGGGAGGCAGACGGAGGAUCGGGUGGCCCAGCUCUUUGCGGAGGAGACGGAGCUGGCCAGCACGCCGCCGCUUCCGGCCAGCAGGAUUCUAAAGCAAGGGCUGGGAAAGGCUGGCCGGUGUCUGCGGCCGCCCGGAGGGAAGCACAACAGUCUGUGGGAGGGCAGCACCCUGACCGGGGCCUGGGCUCUGGAGGCCUUCUACACGGCAAGCCUGGUCCCUCCCAUGGUGCCCCAGCAGCCCGCCAAGGCUCUUAAACAGGAGCCCAUGCUCCCCCCGGUGACGCCUGACCAGUCAGAGCUGGGAGCACAGACGCCACCUGCUCUCCCCAGGGACUACGCCGCAGGCCACCGCCCCAGGAGCCCGUCCCCCUCUGCCAGCCAGAGGGAGCACCAGGCCCUGCAGGACCUUGUGGACCUGGCAAGAGAAGGGCUGAAUGCUACCCCAUGGCCCUGUAGUGGGGGCCCAGCCAGCUCGGGAGGGGCCGAAGGGAUGGAUCUGUCACCCACUGGCCUUCCGCUGACUGGAUUUAUCCCGCCUCCCCAGGAGGAGCAGCCGAAGAGGGACACCCAAGCUUCGCUCACCCUCAGUUUGCUGCUGGCUGACUUCAAAGCCAUGGUCAAUAACCCACAGCUGAGUGACGUCCAGUUUCAGACGGACAGCGGGGAGGUGCUUUACGCCCACAAGUUUGUGCUCUAUGCCCGGUGCCCCCUUCUCAUGCAGUAUGUGAACAGGGAAGGCUUCUUCGCCGUGGAGGACGGCGAUGUGGGGAGCCAGCGCGUGCUGCUGACUGACGUGGGCACCGAGGCCGCCCGCGCGCUCCUGCACUACCUCUACACCGCGGACCCCGGCGUGCCUCCCCCGCUGGCCCCCGGCCUGAGCGAUCUGGCCCGCAGGUUUGGUGUCAGCGAGCUCGUUCUUCUGUGCGAACAAGCACCUGACGUGACGGACUCAGAGGUCAGGCCACAGAAGGAGGAGGAAGACGAGGGCUGUGACAGCCGGGCGGAGACCUUCCAAGAGCUCUUGAGAUCCAUGUGGAUAAAGGAAGAGGAAGAAGCAGGGGCUUCAUUGAAAUCUGAGGGCUGUGAAGAAGACAGAGAAAAAGUGGAUGAGGCAGACAUGGAAGAGAUUUAUGAGUUUGCAGCCACUCAGCGCAAGCUGCUCCGGCGGGGAAGCACUCCACAGGUCAAGGAAGAAACAGGCUGGUUCGGGGAGGGUGGUCCUCUGUCCGCACAAAUCUCAGUGAAUGUUCAGGUUCACGAACAACCGGCAAAUGCAGAAGAGAUGGAACUGUGCGGCCAGAGAAGAGAUGAGGUCCCAGCCAAAUGGAAGAGCAAGAGCCCGUCCACGCCCCUGCUGCGCAAGGGCCGGUGUGCAGACCGAGAGAAAGCAGGGGCCCCAGAGGCGGCACCGGGGCCUCCCGGCUCCUCACACCCUUCUCGCGGCUGCCGAGCAAGGGAAAGAGAGGGUGCGUUUUGGUGCUCGGCUGCCACUGCCGCUGAGCAGCCCUUUUCAUCGACUCCCACAAGAUGUCCUGAACCGUCCCAGACGACGAGCGAUCUCCAGGAAGGGGAGGGCCCCUGCACCCCCGCCCGCCGGCGGGCGCCCCCAUCGCGCCUGCGCCCGUCGCAGCCCCGCCGGCCACGCCCUCGGCCGCAGCAGGCCUGCGAGUCGCCCAGCGGAGCCUCUGGGGCGUCCUCCCAGGACUCAGCAUCCAAGCAGAAGAGGGGCGGCAGCCGCCGCAAGCUACUUAAAGAUCCAGGCCUCCAGAAAGGCAACGCACGUGGUUCCUUGUUGCAAUGCAGAAAUAAAGGGGCUCUGACCCCCCCAGACCACUCGCCAUCCAUCGACCUAACCCAGCCGAGCUUUAGAUCUCACAGUACUCCAUCCAGCAAGAACCGAGAAGACGAGAUCAUCCUUUUGUCGGACUCAGAUGAAGAGCUGGAGCUAGAACAAACCAAAGCAAAGCCACUUCCUAACGGUCCCCUGGAAGAGAGGAGAGUGCUAGAAGUUAGCGCCAAGUCUUCUGAGCUGUUUUCUGUCAUCGAGAUCGAUGCAGAUCAGGACUCUUUCCAAAGCCCACCGCAAAGAGAGGCAGGGCUGCUGUGUGGAGAGGAGCGGCUGCCAGGGAGCCAGGGCUCUGGGGGCGGCAGAGGGACCUCUCAGCUGUUCUGUGACCCCGAGAGCGGCCCUGCGGAGGAGAGCAGCACAGACACCUCAUGGCUGGUGCCCGCCACCCCUCUGGCCAGCAGAAGCCGUGACUCUUCAUCCCAGACCCAAAUAACAGGCCUCAGGUCCAGGGCUUCAGUAGACCAUAGGGCCCAGUUCAAGCUCUGGGCCCCCCUAGAAGACAGGGAUGGACCCAAAGCUGCAAAUAAGCAUUCGGUAACCAGGCCGCAGAUGUUGCCACCGUGCCUGGGCCCCACCAGCGCAGGAAGUCCCAGCAGCAGGGACCCAUGCAGUCCCCACCCCAGCCGCCUCCAGCACUGUUCUCUGGCACCCUGCCCCAUCUCGGCGAGCCUGGCCGAUUGCACGGGGCAGCUCCAGAAGCACUCGUCCCCCCGGCUGAGCCUGCUGAAUCAGGCCACCGCGAGUGAGGUGGUGGAGGUGGAGGACAGCGAAGACGAGCGGGAGGUGGCCAACAGCAGCCCCUUGCUGGACAGCGACCCCCCAGUCCCGUUUGACGACUGCCACUGGCAGGUGGAGCCCCUCUCACCGAUUCCGAUCGACCACGUGAACCUCGAGCGGACGGGGCCCCUGAGCACCAGUAGCCCGAGUGGAGACGGCCGCCCCCCAGCCCUCCUGGGCACCACCCCCACCCGAAGAAGCUGUGCCAGCCAAAGAAAGGCUCGAGAGCAGUCCCCUCGGGCCAGGGUGCCUGGGAGUGGCGGGCUGAGCUUUCUGAACUCCACUCUGUGGGACGAUUGGGAUGGAGAAGAAGAGAAGUCUCCAGAGCCCCUUCCUCCUGGCCAGACACGGAGUGCUGAUGAAGCUCAGAAAGCAGAAGGGCUAGAGACGCCGAAAGGUGCUAAUUGGAAGAACUUGCCCCCGAAAGUGCCCAUAACCCCGAUGCCAAGGUAUUCCAUCAUGGAGACCCCGGUACUGAAGAAAGAACUGGAUAGGUUUGGGGUCCGCCCGCUACCCAAACGCCAGAUGGUCCUGAAACUGAAGGAGAUAUUCCAGUACACUCACCAGACGCUGGAGUCUGACCCGGAGAGUGAGAGCCCAUCCUCGCAGGUCCUGCUGGAGGCUCCUCACGGCCAGACCCACGCCAGCAAGACGUCCAGGGCCUCCAGGGCAGCUGGCCAUGCCCCGCUGGAGGCCACUUCUGGCGCUCUUCCCCAAAGGUCCAAGGGGUCCACUAAGACCAACGGCCCCCCUAGUCAAGAGAAGCAGCCUGGUGGAAGCCUGCCUCCAAUGAGCAGGUCACCAGCCAGGGAGGAGCCUCCAAACCCUGAUGGUGAUGCCCAGCUCCCAGCCUCCCAGGAAUCAGUGGCGUCCUCCAUGGACAGCAGUGACAGCUCCUUUAGCUCCCAAAGUUCUUCCUAUGAGUUUGGAGCGGCCUUUGAGUCUGCAGGGGAUGAAGAGGGUCAAGAGGAGGUGAGUGCAUCACAGACGGCUGUCCAGGCGGCCACCACGGAGGAGGCCGUGAGGCGCUACAUCCGCUCCCGACCGGCCCUCUACCGCAAGGUCCUGCUCUAUCAGCCCUUUGAGCUGGCCGAGCUCCAGGCCGAGCUGAGGCAGCAUGGCAUCCGCAUGGCCCUGGGGAAGCUGCUGGACUUCCUGGACGCCCACUGUAUCACCUUCACCACCUCUGCGGCCCGGAAGGAGAAGCUCCAGAGGAGGAGGCGGCAGCCUGUAGGCAAGAAGAAGCGGGGCCAGGCUGACAGGCGGGUCCGCCCCUCCCCACCCUCGGCCAUCAGCAGCCUGUGAGCAUCUGCAGCCGCCAUCAGCGAGCCAGGCCUCCACGGGUGUUUCUGGGACAGGGGACUACAUCCACCCCCGUGAAAGUGACAGCGGCACCCAGCUGGCUCGGCUUUCCCCAACUCCCAUUUCCACGGCCUCCGGGCCCCAGCCCCUUAUCGGUGCCCACGGUUUGUCUCCCUUUGACCCUGCAGUGGGCGGCUGUCAGCCGACCAGGACGAGGUCUGUCCAGCACAGGGUGUCCUCGUCCUAAGGUGGACAUCCAGGGCCAGCUGGCGCCUGUCCAGCCUUCCUUCUCCACACUCAGCCGUAAUUCCUGCCUCCACCAGCAGAUCAGGUGUCCACAAGCCUCUCACUGCCACAUGUCAGGUGCUCUGCCAGCCCAGCCAUCCUGCCCAGACACCUGUCAUCGUCACCAGCAGUCUCCAAAGGGGACGGUGCAGGCAGUGCACAGCCAGCUUUGCUGGGUAUGUAGGGGAGGCUGUCUACAGCCUCAGGAGCGAUGUGGAGUAGGGGUGAGGGCCACAAGAGAGGAAGAGUCUGGGUCUCUACAUCCUGUGAAUGCCUUGUCUGUUUUAAAUACAGUGCAGUCCAUUUUAUAUGAUGUGCAAUAAAAACACAAAGGCUUUAUAAAAAUCUA